AUGUUGUUUUUUUUUAUUUGUUUAGAUCUUAAUGAGGCUAGCAAAGUCCUUGUGUACACCGAUGGUUCAUGCAAAGGUCCACUAGAAAAUAGAAGAGCUGGUUUCGGUGUGUUUUGGGGGACUGAUCAUCCUUGGAACGUGUCUGAGAGACUAAAAGGUCGUCAGACCAACAACCGAGCUGAGAUCGAGGCUUGCAUCAGGGCUCUGAAGCAGGCUAACGAUGCUGGAAUACGAGGCGUGAAGAUAGUCACGGACAGCAAGUUCACGAUCAAAUGCGCGACCGUGUGGUACUUUAGGUGGCAAAAGAACGAUUGGAAGCUGGCCAACGGUACACCUGUGCUCCACAGAAAAGACAUUCAACGACUAGUGGAACAGCUCGCCGUUCCUGGGCUCCAUGUCUCUUGGUUUCACCUUCUUUCUGUGGGUCAGCACAAGUCGUCACAUCAUCAAACAAUACCACAAGCCCUAAUCGAGUGGACGAUGCAACCGCUUCCUGGCACUUGUUUCACAACCAAAUAUUUGAGUCCUACGUCAUUCGAACGAAAAAUGCCUCAAUGGCGCCAUUUCCCGAUGCCCCUCACCUCUCAAAUCGCACCACCAACUCCAAUCCCCUCCUCACCCUUCAGCCACUGCAAGCGCCGCGUUGGUGCUCUGCGCUCACGUAGUCAAUUCAGGAUCUCACACGUAGUCUGUGUCAUCCACAUCAAGGAGGAAUGUCAUUCUCCCGGUCACCAGGGUAAGUGGGGCAACGAGCAGGCCGAUCGUUUGGCCAACAUCGGUGCCGACCUGCCUUACCCCUGUGAUAAUGAGGAGGACCCUGGCGAUGUCGAAGUUGAGAAUAUGAUUGUUGAAUUUAACCACUUUUUUUUCUAUCUGUUGCCCUCCAGUCAGAUGGCUGAUGAGUUCUUGAUUCAAACGCGCCCAACAAAACCCUUUGAAGGCCAAAAGCCCGGCACUUCUGGGCUGCGCAAGCCCACCAAGACCUUCAUGCUGCCUAACUAUGUUGAAAACUUCGUGCAAGCCUCUCUCACGGUGGCCAAGAAACACCAGAAGCCAGACACUCAAUUCCGGCUGGUGCUUGGCGGCGACGGUCGCUACUUCCUCAAGGAGGCCCUUCUCAAUGCCAUCGUACCACUGUGUGCGGCUAACGGUGUAGAAGAAGUGAUGAUUGGUGAAAACGGUAUCCUGUCGACACCAGCCAUUUCUACAAUCAUUCGACGCUACGGCACUACCGGGGGCUUCAUUUUGACCGCUAGCCACAACCCCGGGGGGAUAGAUGGGGACUUUGGCCUAAAAUACAACAUCGACAAUGGUGGGCCAGCUACGGAGACCAUCACAGACGAGAUCUACCAGAUUACAACGAAAAUCCACGAGUACCAAACUCUGGACCGUCCAAUUCCUAUCGACUUGACCAAGAUUGGCACCACAGACUAUAAUCUGAAGGGUGGCAAGAUUUUCAAGGUAACCAUCGUCUCGUCCACGCAAGACUACAUCACUUACAUGAAGGAGAUUUUCGACUUUGACAUGAUCAAGGAAUUCCUCAAUGGAGGCAACGGAAAGCCACCAUUCAAGGUCUUGGUCGAUGGGCUUAGCGGAGUCACUGGUCCCUACAUAAGGGCUCUCCUAAUUGAUAACUUUGGUCUUCCUGAGUCCUCCACUCUCGACUGCACACCGCUGCCCGACUUUGGCGGGCACCACCCGGACCCGAAUUUGACCUACGCCGCCAAGCUGGUUGAUGCGGUUCGCGCCGACAAGUCCAUCAGUCUGGCGGCGGCCUUCGAUGGCGACGGGGACCGCAACAUGAUUAUCGGCCAGGGCGGCUUCUUCGUCUGCCCCUGUGACUCCCUCGCUGUCAUCGCCGACAACGCCGAGUCAAUAAAGUACUUUGAAAAGAACGGUGUGCGGGGUUUCGCCCGCAGUAUGCCAACCUCUCCUGCUGUCGAUAGGUUGCAGGCGAGAUUUCCCGGCCCUGUGGUGUGCAAGGAUAAGAAAAUCGACGUCUACGAGACACCGACGGGUUGGAAAUUCUUCGGGAAUCUUCUUGAUGCUGACAAGGUGUCGGUGUGUGGUGAGGAAAGUUUUGGCACGGGGUCGAACCACAUACGCGAGAAGGACGGAAUUUGGACUUUCCUGUGUUGGGCCUCGCUGCUGGCCGCGCGUCAGGCCGCCGGACUCUCGCCCAGGGUCUCUGACGUCAUGAAAGAGCACUGGAGCAAAUACGGGCGCGACUUCUUCACACGGUAUGACUAUGAGGAUUGCACAGAGGAACAGGGCAAGCAGGUGAUGGAACGUGUGGAGGCUCUUUUGAAGGAUCCGGGCUUCGUAGGUCGCACCUACAAGACCAACUCAGGUGCGGCCUUCAAGGUUCUCAGCAUUGACAACUUCUCCUACACCGACCCCGUGGAUCAAUCGGUCUCCAAAAAUCAGGGCAUUCGUAUAAUGCUGAGCAACGACACUCGAUUCGUCUAUCGCAUAAGCGGAACGGGAAGCUCCGGGGCCACCAUCCGCAUCUACGUGAACACUUUCUCUGCUGACCCCAAAACUCACGCCCUCGCGGCCACAGCCUACAUGGCUCCCCACAUCGAAUUGGCCCUGGGACUCUGCGGAAUCCAGUACAUCACCCACCGCACUAAACCCACUGUCAUCACUUGA